ACAUAUAUCCAAUGUAUGGUGUUUCCAUCAGCAAGAGAUACUUUUUCCAUUACUGGGUAAUCUCUCUGACACUCCUUUUAUCUUUCGGAGGUUAGUUCUAGUUGCAGCACAUGGGUUUAUUUUGAGGACUGACUAUCGCAGCUGCUGUGUGGGUCUGAGAGUGUGAGUGUGUGUGUGUCCGUGUGUGUGUGUGUGCGUGCUUCCUGGCAGCCCCCUCUAACUCCUUUCCACUCCUCUUCUCCUCACUGCCGGUGCUGGACCCACCUCCCCAUCUCCUCUCAUUGACCUGACCUCACAAUGGAGACAUGCCGCAAUCCUGCAAAGGGGCCCCUGGAAGAGACGUCGGUGGACCUGACUGAUGAGCUGGGCUUGCAGUUGGAGGACAUCAUCAGCACCUACCAGGUGGUGGAGAAGCCAACAGAUGCCGAGGAGGACGCAGGCACCGGGAAGGCUGUGGACUCCCCCCCACAGAAGGGUGGGAGCGCCAAGGAUCAGAAGCUGGAGAAGAAGCUGCUCAAAAACCUCGGUAAGGAUGCCAUGCUGCUGAUGCAGAGUCUCAACAAGCUGGGCACGCCUGAUCAGAAGCUGGACGCUCUCAUCAAGAAACAUGCUGAGCUGCUGGAGGAGCACCGCGGCGACCAGAAACAGCUGAAGGUGCUGCAGAAGAAGCUGAUGCAGGUGAUGAAGGAGAAGGACCAGCUCCAGAGCGAGCACAGCCGGGCCGUCCUCGCCCGCAGCAAGCUGGAGUCGCUCUGCCGCGAGCUGCAGAGACACAACAAGACCCUCAAGGAGGAAACAUUGCAAAGGUGCAGAGAGGAUGACAUGAAACGGAAAGAUAUCACCAGUCACUUCCAGAGCACCCUCUCCGACAUCCAGGCCCAGAUCGAGGAGCACAGCACACGCAACACCAAACUGUGCAAAGAGAACAGUGACCUGGCAGAGAAACUGAAGGGCCUCAUUGCACAGUACGACCAGAGGGAGGCGAACCUUGAGAAGGUGUUCAAACACAGAGACCUGCAGCAGAAGCUUCUGGAGACUAAACUUUCCCAGGCCAACUUGCUGUUGAAGGAGGCUGAGGAGAAGCAUAAAAUAGAGAAAGAACUUCUCCUGAAGCAGACUGCAGAGGCAAGACUGACAGUGAAACUUCUGAGAGAAGCUGAAAAUGACAUGAAAGCACAACUUGCUGUGUACUCUGAGAAGUUUGAUGAGUUCCAGGGCACUGUGUCCAAAAGCAGUGGUGUGUAUGCUAGCUUCAAGCAGGACAUGGAUAAGAUGUCUAAGAAGAUGAGGAAGCUGGAGAAAGAGGCAAAUGGAUGGAAGUCUCGCUUUGAUGGCUGCAACAAGGCCCUGGUGGACAUGGUCUCAGAAAAAGUGGUUCGGGACAAAGAAAUUGAGCUCAUGACAACAAAGAACCAGAAGCUUGAGCAGCUCUGCCGGGCUCUGCAGGAGGAGAGGAAGAGCCUGCACCAGAAGCUCCAGGGGGCAGACAAGGCCGGAGCCCCCAUGGAACAAACACCUGCAGUGGCUACAGCAGAGACACCCGCAGCUGCUCAGGCAGAGACACCUGCAGCUCUUACAGAGGAAAAGCCUGCUACCUCCGGGGAGAAGAAGAAGCCUGCAGAGACAUCAGAGGAGAAGCCCAAGGAGAUGGAGACGCUGGCUCCACCAGCACCUGUUACAACACCAACUGAGCCACCGAAAGCUGCCGCCGCCACCCCGGUAUCCCCACUGACCAAAGAGCUGUCCAGUCUGAAGGCCCAGCAGGCGCGGCUCAAGGAGAUUGCCGCCAACUUCACCAUCUCUCACAUCAUACCUCAAGACGUUCUGUUGGCGGCCGGGCAGAGUGACUCUGAGGACGAGGGCGAGCACAAGGAGGCCACAGUGGCCCCACAAGAGCCUGCAGGUGCCAACGUGGUUGCUAGCCCUGAGCAGACACAGAAUCAGAGCCCAGAGCUGGAGAAGGAACCUGAGUCCUUACCGGCCCCUGUAGAGGAGCAGCAGAGUGUGGAAUCAGUGCAGGUCAAUGGCUGCCAAGCAGAGACCCUGGUAUCCGAGCAGCAGGAAAAGAGGGAUAAGGAGAUGGAGAGUGUUGACUAAAUAUCCUCUAAAUGGCUUUCAUUUUUAUUAAAAAAUAAUAACAAUUUUACAUUGACACUGCCUUUCUUUGUAACAAUAAAGCCAGCAAUAAAGCUCAACUGGAUAAUUAUGGUUGGA